ACUCACCAUCUUCUUCUUCACUUUUCUCCUCUUUUUUCCUUCUUUUGUCCUCAACCCUAGUCACACAAACCCUAUUAAUUUUCCAUUUUUUUUAACUUUUACUAUUCUGUAUAAGAGAAAAGCAUGUGAGUCUUUUUCAGUUUUCAUGUGGGGGGUUUUGAACCUUGUAAGCAACAAGCAUUCCCCAUUUUCAUGAACAGCUACACAAAGCACUUACCCUAUAAAAUCUCCUUUGUUACUUGCACCAACCUUCAUCAAAGUUUCAAUCUUUAUGCACUCAGAUUGUUCAAGUUCACGCCUUUGAUUGCCAUUAAUAAUCUUCCCAAAGAGAAAGAGAGAGAUCUAAGCAUUCUAAGAACACUCACAUUCACAUUCAAAUUCACAUCUGGGCUUGAAAGGUGAGUGAGGUUCAGAUAUUCUUCAUCUUUGGUAUACAAAAAAAAAAAAAAAAAGAGGGACCCUUUUAAUAUAGAGCUAAAAGGGUAACUGGGGAUCUCUUCAAGCCAUUGAAUUUCAUUAGUUUUCACAUAGCAAAAAAGAAUCUUGUACAGAAUAAUAAGAGAAGCAAUGGUGGCUGGGAAUGGUUUAUUUUAUCCCAUUUUCGGCUUUGCAUCGUUGGUUCUAUUCAUUUACAUGUCUUUUGGGGACAUGAGGUUGGGUUUUGAGGAAGGGCCAGAAGUGUCUUUUGUGGGUAGAAACGGUACACAGUUUGUGUUGGAUGGAAAACCUUUCUACAUCAAUGGUUGGAACUCUUACUGGUUAAUGGUGCAAUCUGUGGAUGAUUAUUCAAGGCCAAGGGUGCGUGAGAUGCUGAGAGCUGGGGCCAAGAUGGGACUCACUGUCUGCAGAACUUGGGCUUUCAAUGAUGGUGACUACAAUGCCCUUCAAACUUCACCUGGUGUCUUCAAUGAGCAAGCUUUCAGGGCUUUGGAUUACGUUAUAGCAGAAGCAAGGCGCCAUGGAGUUAGGCUGCUCCUAAGCUUAGUGAAUAACUUGCACGCAUAUGGUGGGAAGACUCAGUAUGUUGAAUGGGCAUGGCAAGAAGGGGUCGGACUAAGCUCAUCUAAUGAUUCUUUUUUCUAUGAUCCAUCAAUUCGUAGUUAUUUCAAGAAUUACGUAAAGACUAUUCUGACAAGGAAAAAUACUAUUACUGGAAUCGAAUAUAGAAAUGACCCCAUCAUUUUUGGUUGGGAGUUAAUUAACGAACCUAGGUGCAUGACGGAUCCUUCUGGAGACACUCUCCAAGAUUGGAUAGAAGAAAUGUCAGCUUUUGUCAAAGUGAUCGACAAGAACCAUCUUGUGACUGUUGGUCUUGAAGGCUUUUAUGGUCCUAAUGACCCAAAGCGUUUGACGGUCAACCCUGAGGCUUGGGCAUCCAGACUUGGAUCUGAUUUUAUUAGGAAUUCCAAAACUGUGAAUGUCGAUUUCACCUCUGUUCAUAUAUACCCUGACCACUGGUUUCGCGAGGAAGUAUAUGAAGACUAUAUGAAAUUCGUCUCUAAGUGGAUGCUUUCGCACAUCGAAGACGGAGACAAGAUUUUGAAUAAGCCGGUCUUGUUCUCUGAAUAUGGAUUAUCAGACACAAUCAAGAACUUCUCGCUCUCUAACCGAGAAAACAUGUACAGAGUGAUUUUAAACAUUAUCUACAAAUCUGCUAAGAAAAGAAGGUCAGGAGCCGGCGCGCUAGUCUGGCAAUUCUUAGCCGGAGGAAUGACCGAGUUCCUUGACGAUUUUGGGAUGGUCCCAUGGGAGAGGUCGUCGACAUAUUCGCUUUUUGUCGAACAAGCCUGCAGAUUGGCCAAACUCAAUGGAUGGACUCAAAGGGACAUGAGCUUCAAAGAAUUUUGUUAACAAAAUUUGUGAGGAAGGAAAGAAAAAAAAGGACUAGUAAAUGGGUUCAAAUGGUUGGUUUUGUAUAAUAUUCCUUACUUUGCAUCACCAGUGUUUGAGUUAUUAAUAGAGUAUAUAAUGUUGUAGCAUAGAUUAUAUACUAAUAACAAUGUUACUUUAAAGCAUGCAAUUUUUUCUUAAAUCA